AUGUCAGUACCACAACAGCCAAAAGGUCGGGGACGUCCUAGACGACAGGUUCCAGAAAUUAGGUCUUUAUUAGAUGACAGUUCAUCACCAACAAUACGAGAAGCAACACUGACUACGGACAAUGUGCUGAUGCUUAGUGCAUCGGCUAAUAAGCGUGGCCGAGGUCGUGGCACUCAUUUAAGACAACAGUUCAAAGCACCUGAUCCGCUCUGGAAAGUAUCAGAGUUAACCAGCGAACAAUUUCAUUCUAAGGCUCGUCCAUCACAACCUGAUGAACCAAACAAUAUUAGCGACGAAAUAAAAGUUUUGGUAAACUAUUUUCCAAUUCUCGAUUUUCCACGAAAUGGUCUUGUUUAUCAAUAUGAUAUUCAAAUAAACAAUAAAAAGGGUUCAGAACAUACCCUUUACCGCCAACGUGCGUUGUAUCAAUGUUGGCUGAGUCAAUAUUGUCACCGAUAUCGACAAAUUGAUAAAUCUAAAAUUGUUUUUGAUAAUCGAAAAAUUAUCUUUACACUUGACCAACAGCUACCAAACAUUGACGAGACGGGGAUCACUGAAAAAAUAAGGGCAUUGAAUAAAGUUAAUCGUCUUGAAGAAUAUGAAGUUUGCAUUAAACGAGUAGGUGAUCCGAUUGAUUUUAGUUUGUUAAAUUCUCUGAAAACAUUUCACCAAAUGGAAAACAACUCCAAUAUCAAUUAUAAUGAUGUAAAAAAGAUUAAACAGAUUUUCUCAAUUGUAUUGCAUGAGAACUGUUCAUCCCUGGCUACUUAUAUUUAUAAUCGGUCAUUUUUUACACAACUCCCUUUGGAAAAUGAACACGGCUAUUGGGAUCUAGGUUUCGGUAAAGCUUCAUGGCGAGGUUUCUAUUCGUGUCUUGUCCUUGCUAAUGGUACUCAUCAGCUGCUCAUGAAUCUUGAUGUGAGUCAUGCUGUAUUUCAAAAAGAACAAUCUUUUCUUGAUUUUCUCUGUGAUGUUAUGGUUCAUAGUCCACUUGGUAAGAGGCAUUACCCACAAUGGCAAAAGGUUAAUAAAGCCAAGCUAGAAGAUGUCUUGAACUUUCUAAAUCAAAAUAUUAGUCGUAGUGAUUACUCUGGUGAAAUUGAAUUUUUAUUGCAAAAUUGCCAACACUUAAAUGUACGUUCACACGUGGCUGAUAAGACAAUUGCAUAUAAAAUAGUUGGCUUAGCUGAAGCAGCAUCAAACCAAACAUUCUUAUGGAGAAGACCUCAUGAGAAGGAGCGCCUUAUUACAGUCGAAAAUUACUAUAAAGAACACUAUGGGAUUCCAUUGAACUAUCCAACAUUGCCUACGUUGAAAAUGCAAAAUGAAUCGUGCGUACCAAUGGAAUUUGUUGAUGUCAAACCAGUUAAAGUCAAAAAAAUAACCGACGAACAAAGAGCACUUCUCUGUUUAAAAUCAUCUAUGAAUCCGCCUCAAUAUGUUCAAACGAUUAAAGCAAUCCGUCAGAAUCCAGAACAACAAUGCUUUGACCAAGAUCCAUUCAUAAGGGCAUGGAAUUUGAAUGUUGACGUGAAGAUGCUUGAAAUAAAAGCGCGCAUUUUACCUGCACCAGAAAUUGUUUAUAAUAAAAAUUUUCGCGUUUGUGGUGGACAGCAGCGGUCACCAGGUGUUUGGACUAAUACGAAAACCGAAUUUCUUCGCCCAACUAACUUUCCUCCCGUAUGGGCUUUCAUCAAUCUAUCAUCAUCGAUGAGUGAAAAUUCUUGUAGAAAAUUCUUUGAAGAAUUGAGUAAAGUAGCGUGUGACCGAGGUAUUGAUUGCACUUCACCUGUUAUAUAUGAAGAAUUUUAUCCUCAAUCCAAUUUUGAUUCCUUUACUCAAAUUAUUGCUGAACUGAAAGAUAUGAUGGAAAAAAAUAAUGAAUGCAAAUUUUUCAUAGUCAUCCUACCAGUGGAUAACAAUAUCCGAAAUCGAAUUUAUGGUGAUUUAAAAAAACUGUGUGAAUUACAAUAUGGCUUUGGCAUUGUAACUCAAAUGAUCAAAUUGAAAGAAACAGAACGUGCAGAUAAAUGGAGUUAUUCAAGAUUGAAUAGUAUUUUGCUAAAAAUCAAUACUAAACUCGAUGGUACAAAUUCUAUUCUUUCUGUUCCUGAUGUGAUUGGUCAAUUUUUCUCACGUGGUCAUCAAUAUAUGUAUGUUGGCGUCGAUCUUAGUCAUGGAGCACCUGGUUCAGGUAGAAAAUGCUCCACUGUAGCCGUUGUAGCAUCAGCGGACGAUAUACCUAAUCGAUAUUUCAAAGAAAUCUAUGUACAAGAACGAUCAGCUGAGGCAAGAGGAGAAAGCCGUGAAUGUGUUGUAGAUAUGAAAAAGAUUAUGAAAUCCCUUAUUCGUCAGUACAAAGAACAGCGUGGUUACCCGCCAAAAGCUAUUGUUAUCUAUCGGGAUGGCAUUGCAGAUAGUGAAUUUGACAGUGUGUUCGAGUAUGAACUUAUGGCGACAAGAGAAGCUUGUGUUGAAUUAGCAUCGAUCUAUCGACCUUAUCUUACUUACAUAAUUGUGAAUAAGAGACAUCAUACAAGAUUUUUCCCAGGAGAUCUCAAUGGGAAUGUGAAGGCUGGCACAGUUGUUGAUUCACAUGAAGUUAUUAAUCCAACAACUUAUAAUUUCUUUCUGAAUAGCCAUCAUUCAGAUAAAGGAACAAGUCGUCCAACGCAUUAUCAUGUUUUGUAUGAUGAUAAUAAACUCAAAUCUGAGCAAGUUCAAAUGUUAACUUAUGCGUUAUGUUACACAAGUGCUCGUUGUACGCGUUCAAUAUCUAUGCCAGCACCUGUAAAAUAUGCUGAUUUGUUAGCAUUUCGUGCUAAUUUCUAUAUCGACAUGAAUGAUCCUUUCAAUACAGAGGCAUCUGCUACAGAAGCAUCGAGUCCAGUAAAUGAAGCUGUAAAUAUCUAUAAUAAGAUAAAAAGUAAACGUAUCGAGCUAAGUUCAAAAUUGGCACUUGAUUGUCCGUUAUUUUUAUGA